AUGCAGGCCAUCCAGCGGGGUGAGAGCCCUGUGGUGGCGGUGAUGCCCACUAGUAGGGGGAAGAGCAUGCUAUUCAUGGUGCCCGCGUUCACCGCCCCCAGGGGCACCACCAUUGUUGUGGUGCCACUCAUUGCAUUACAGGCUGAUAUGACCAGGCGCUGCCAGGAGCUCAGCAUAUCAUGUGUGCCAUGGGAGAGCCGGCAGCCCCCCAAUGCCGCAUCCAUCAUGUUAGUGACGCCUAAAUCCGCGGUGAGCCCUGAUUUCCAGACAUUUUUGAACCGGCUGCGGUGGACCCGGCGGUUAGACCGGAUUGUGAUCAAUAAAUGCCAUGUGGUGUUGAAUUCCCAACAUAAUUUCCAGCCCCAGAUGGCUCAGCUGGGCUGGUUGGUCCAGGCCCGCACCCAGAUACAGAUGAAGUAUGACCAGGCCACCAUGACCAUAUACCGGGCCCAGACCAGCCGGCCGAACGUGGCAUACCAGGUGUGGCAGCCAGACAUGACCAGGGUGGGCCGGGGCCUAUAUCAGUGGAUUAAGAGUGAGGUGGUGGUAGCAUUCAUUCAGGACCACAUCCGACAGGCCGCUGGGGGGAAGGUGAUUAUAUAUGCAAAUAUCAUCAGGCAGGUGACGGCCAUGGCGCAGGUGCUUAGGUGCAAGGCAUAUUACAGCGAGCAGUUGGACAAGGCCGGGGUGCUGGCGCGGUUCAUAGGGGCCAGCCCAGUGAUCGCCACCACCAGCGCGUUAGGCAUGGGGGUGGACAUCCCCAAUAUCCGCAGCAUCAUCCAUAUUGGGACCCCCUGGACAUUACUGGAUUACGCGCAGGAGAGUGGCCGGGCUGGGCGAGAUGGACAGCACAGUGAGGCAAUCAUUAUCCAGCCAGCUGGGUGGGAUACCCCAGCUCCAUGGAUGGAGGGCGUCGCCCCUAAGGACCAGGAGCAGGUUGCUGAGUAUAUAGGGGUGGUAGAAGGCAUUGGGUGCCACCAGGUCAUGUUAGAUCAGUAUUUGGAUGGAGUGGUGGAUGGGUAUCAGCAGCAGUAUUACCAGGAUGCGGAUCCCAGGGAGCAGAUAUGUGAUGGGUAUGAUCCCAAUUAGGCAGAGCUGGAGGUGGAUCCAGCCAGGGUUGGUAGCAGCCCAGUGCCGGGUGAGGCAGCCCCAGAGGCC